AUGGCCUUGCACCUGCAGUUAUCAAAAACACUCACAGCUUUGGACUGGGAAUGGGCCGACGCUGCUACGGUAUCUCAACAGACGUCAGCACAGAAAAGAACUACAGAGAAGCAGAAAGGAAAGUUCGGCCGCCUUUCGCAACAACAACAUGGUGCGGACCACAGAUCUUCAGAACGCACCGUCAUCAACUUGACGGUGGCCCGCACCGUGGAGAGCCGUGCUGCGGGCUUCCCAGUGGGGCGGUGCGUGGUCGGCUACUGGGGGUGGCGCGACCACACCGUGGCCGACGUGGGGCCGGACGCUCCCUACUUCAUGUCUCCGGCCAUGCUGGUGCCAGACCUGGGGGAGCUGCCCCUCUCCCUCUCUCUGGGGGUGCUGGGCAUGCCCGGAAUCACGGCCUACUUUGGACUGCUGGAGAUCUGCAAGCCUAAGGAGGGAGACGUCGCCGUAGUCAGUGGGGCAGCAGGUGCUGUGGGGUCCAUAGUCGGGCAGAUAGCGCGCCUCAAGGGGUGCAAAGUAAUUGGCUUCGCGGGAUCAGACGCUAAGGUGAAGUGGCUGAAAGAGGAGUUGGGAUUCCAUCACGCAUUUAACUACAAGACGAAUGAUGUCACAGAGGCGCUGAAACAGGCGGCAUCUGACGGCGUCGACGUGUACUUCGACAACGUGGGCGGCGAGCUGAGCAGCGCAGUCAUCAACAGCAUGCAAGAGUGGGGCCGCAUCUCCGUGUGUGGCUCGAUAUCUGGAUACAACGAAUCUAACCUCCCGAAGGCUACCAUCAUCCAGCCCGCAGCCAUAUUCAAGCAGCUCCGCAUGGAGGGGUUCCUGUAUUCACGGUGGCACGACCGCUGGGAAGAGGGCAUUACCCAGCUGACGCAGUGGGUCCGAGAGGGAAAAAUCAAAUACCGUGAGACUGUAACAGAAGGGUUUCAAAACACCCCCAAAGCCUUCGCCGGUAUGCUGCAGGGUGACAACUUGGGGAAGGCUGUUGUUAAAGUGUGA